UUUUUUUUUUAACAGAUUUUAAUAUUGAUCAGUGACCACAUUGCAGCAUGUUGAGUCAAGUUUACCGCUGUGGGUUCCAGUCCUUCAACCAACAACUUCUGCCCUGGGUCCAGUCCACAGGUCUCUCCAGAUCACAUCGUGUCCAGCCUUCGGCCAUCAGACAUGUUCGUUCCUGGAGCAACAUCCCCUUCAUCACUGUUCCCCUCAGUCGUGCACAUGGCAAGUCAUUUGCCCACCGCAGUGAGCUAAGGCAUGCCAAGAGGAUCGUAGUGAAGCUUGGAAGUGCUGUGGUGACCCGAGGAGAUGAGUGUGGCCUGGCCUUGGGGCGCCUGGCAUCUAUUGUUGAGCAGGUGUCAGUGUUGCAGAAUCAAGGCCGAGAGAUGAUGCUGGUGACGAGCGGUGCUGUCGCCUUUGGCAAGCAACGCUUGCGCCAUGAGAUUCUCUUGUCACAGAGUGUGAGACAGGCCCUGCACUCAGGUCAGAACCAGCUGAAAGAGAUGGCAAUUCCAGUCUUGGAAGCACGGGCCUGUGCCGCUGCCGGACAGAGUGGUCUGAUGGCCUUGUAUGAGGCCAUGUUUACCCAGUACAGCAUCUGUGCUGCCCAGAUCUUGGUGACCAACUUGGAUUUCCAUGAUGAGCAGAAACGUAGGAACCUCAAUGGGACCCUUCACGAGCUCCUCCGCAUGAAUAUAGUCCCCAUUGUCAACACAAAUGACGCCGUAGUUCCCCCGGCUGAGCCAAACAGUGAUCUCCAGGGGGUAAAUGUGAUAAGUGUUAAAGAUAAUGACAGCCUGGCUGCCCGUCUAGCCGUGGAAAUGAAAACAGACCUGCUGAUUGUUCUUUCAGAUGUAGAAGGCCUCUUUGAUAGCCCACCAGGGUCAGAUGAUGCAAAACUCAUUGAUAUAUUUUAUCCUGGAGAUCAGCAGUCGGUGACAUUUGGAACUAAGUCGAGAGUGGGGAUGGGGGGCAUGGAAGCCAAGGUGAAAGCGGCCCUCUGGGCUCUGCAAGGUGGCACUUCUGUAGUUAUUGCCAAUGGAACCCACCCAAAGGUGUCUGGGCAUGUCAUCACAGACAUUGUAGAGGGAAAGAAAGUCGGCACCUUCUUUUCGGAAGUAAAGCCUGCAGGCCCUACUGUGGAGCAGCAGGGAGAAAUGGCUCGAUCUGGAGGAAGGGCAUUGGCCACAUUGGAACCUGAGCAGAGAGCAGAGAUUAUCCAUCAUCUGGCUGAUCUGCUGACGGACCAGCGUGAUGAGAUCCUGUUAGCCAACAAAAAAGAUUUGGAGGAGGCAGAAGGUAAAGGGAGACUUGCAGCACCUCUAUUGAAACGUUUGAGUCUUUCCACAUCUAAGCUGAACAGCUUGGCCAUCGGCCUGCGGCAGAUUGCAGCCUCCUCACAGGAGAGUGUGGGCCGUGUUCUGCGCCGGACCCGGAUUGCCAAUAACUUGGAAUUAGAGCAAGUGACAGUCCCAAUUGGUGUUCUGCUGGUCAUCUUUGAAUCUCGCCCUGACUGCCUCCCCCAGGUGGCAGCCUUGGCUAUCGCCAGUGGUAAUGGCUUGCUGCUCAAAGGAGGGAAGGAGGCUGCACAUAGCAACCGCAUUCUUCACCUCCUGACCCAGGAGGCCCUCUCCAUCCAUGGAGUCAAGGAGGCGGUGCAGCUGGUGAAUACCCGAGAAGAAGUGGAAGACCUUUGCCGUCUAGACAAAUUGAUUGAUCUCAUCAUCCCACGUGGCUCUUCCCAGCUGGUCAGAGACAUCCAGAAAGCUGCUAAGGGGAUUCCAGUGAUGGGACACAGUGAAGGAAUCUGCCACAUGUAUGUGGAUUCGGAGGCCAGUGUUGAUAAAAUCACCAGACUCGUCAGAGACUCUAAAUGUGAAUACCCAGCUGCCUGUAAUGCUUUGGAGACUCUGCUAAUCCACCGAGAUCUUCUGAGAACCCCAUUAUUUGACCAGAUCAUCGAUAUGCUGAGAGUGGAACAAGUGAAAAUUCAUGCAGGCCCCAAGUUCGCCUCCUAUCUGACCUUCAGCCCCUCUGAAGUAAAGUCCCUCCGAACCGAGUACGGGGACUUGGAAAUUUGCAUUGAGGUGGUAGACAGUGUCCAGGAGGCCAUCGACCACAUCCACAAGUACGGCAGCUCCCACACGGAUGUCAUCGUCACAGAGAAUGAAAAAACAGCAGAAUUCUUCCUCCAGCACGUGGACAGUGCCUGUGUGUUCUGGAAUGCCAGCACUCGCUUCUCAGAUGGUUACCGCUUUGGACUGGGAGCCGAAGUGGGAAUCAGUACUUCCCGAAUCCAUGCCCGAGGACCAGUAGGACUCGAGGGACUUCUUACUACAAAGUGGCUGCUACGAGGUCAGGACCAUGUGGUCUCAGAUUUCUCAGAGCAUGGAAGUUUAAAAUACCUUCAUGAGAACCUCCCCAUUCCUCAAAGAAACACCAACUGAGAUUCUGUGGAGAGCCAGGAGAAACCGUGGAAGAUUCCAAGAGAUCCUCCCAGUUAAACUUAAGAAUCUCAGGGGAUCAGCCACAUCUUGUUUCCCACUUCCUGGAAGGGUCUGUCUGUUGGAAAGUGCACCAGAUGCUUCAGGUUACAGUUUGGCAACAUCGGUCAUUUGCAAAUGUGCAUAAUCUAGCUAGGCUUUUUCUUUCUUCUUUUCCUCCUUCCCCUUUGCCUCCUCCUCCUCAUCAUCAAUCAUCUUUUUUUAAGUUAGAAAAUAACUGCUAAGGACAGGAAUUAUACUUUCUUGCUAUAACUAGGGACUUUGUUUCACAUAGUCCAGUUCCCUUCAGUGAUAGGAGAGUGCAGCCCCUCCAUCCGAAGGGCAGGGUAGGGCGGUGGGAAAGUCAUCACUGCUUCUUACCUCUUUAUCACCUCAAUGAGGUGACGCCUCCCACAACACUUUGUUGGUCCUAGGCUAACCUGAUAAAUCUCUCCACAUUUCAUUUUCUUCUUCUACCCUCCCAUUCACCUUGAAAAAAGAAAGAUUUGGAAUAUCAAAAGAGAGGUAACUCUUCCUUUAGUUUUUUUUUUUAUUUAUUAUCAGAAUUAAUCACAAAGAUGAACUAAAUCAUCUUCACUCAGAAGAUCAGCCAUGGGAGUCGGGUGGUAGCGCAGCAGAUUAAGCGCACGUGGUGCAAACAGCAAGGACUGGCAUAAGGAUCCCGGUUCGAGCCUCCGGCUCCCUACCUAUAAAAUAGUUCCUUCACAGACUAUCUUUCAGACUAUCUUUCUUUUCUUGUCUAUCUUUCUCUCCCCUUCUCUGUCUUCCCCUCCUCUCUCCAUUUCUCUCUGUCCUGUACAAUAACAACAACAAUAAUAACUACAACAACAAUGAAAAGCAAAGGCAACAAAAGGGAAAAUAAAAUAAAUAUAAAAAAUUUUUUAAAAAGAGAUCAGCCUUUUGUAUUUAUUUGUGACGUGAAUGAGUGUUAAGGUGCACACCCCCGUCUGGAUUCAGGAGAUGCAGUCUUAACCCCUGAUACAGCUGGAACCAGGAGCUAGAGACAGCAGAUAGAGUUUCAGGAUAAAGUAUCUACUGCUAUUAUGCUUGAAAUUUUUAUAUGAAUUAUUUUGUCAUCUUUUCCUUUCCCUCCAAAAUAAAAACUAGAGGGUUAUUUUAAUACUUUGGAUUCUUCCCUCCCCUUUUUUGAGAAAUAAAGUUCUUAGAAAAACCUUGA